CCUACUGAAACACAGAGAGGAAGGCUUCUCUUUAGAAUUGCUAAGCCACCACAGGUCUUCUGCUGCUGCUACUGCAUUCAUUUAUUCUAUGAAGGUGCAGAUAUUCAGCAAUCUCAGUGACUCACAAUCUAUGUGAAUGUUAAAAGGUAUUUCCAGAUUCUGCAGGUAAAUCAACAGAGGAACCUCUUAUAGCUCCUUGAAGACUGAGAUCCCAUCUGGUUAUCUAGCAUCUUUCUGAGCACUCUGUUUGAUUCCAGGAUGAACAAGACCAAAGCUCUUAAUGUGGUUCUUCCAUUACUGUUCAGUAAGAACUGGAGUUCAGAUCGAAGUGUCCCUACACACAUUCCAGAUCAGUGCAGAAACAGCACUGACCUCACCGUCUUUCUGGUCACCUCAUAUAGCCUGGAGACCAUCCUAGGUAUUGUAGGGAAUAUGUGUCUGAUUGGUGUCAUAGCCAAACAGAAAGAAAAGGCCAAUGUGACCAACAUCCUCAUUUCUAACUUGGUAGUCUCUGACUUGUUCAUGGUUAUUGUCUGCCUCCCUUUCACCAUUGUCUACACCAUAAUGGAUUACUGGAUAUUUGGUGAGGUCAUGUGCAAAAUGACCUCCUUCACCCAGUGUGCAUCUGUGACUGUGUCAAUUCUCUCCCUGGUUCUCAUUGCUCUGGAAAGACACCAGCUCAUCAUAAACCCAACUGGCUGGAGGCCAAGCGUCACCCAAGCCUAUCUGGGGAUUGUAGUUACAUGGACAUUAGCGUGCCUGGUGUCCCUACCUUUCCUGACCACCUCCAUUUUGACAAAUGACUUGUACAAGCAGCUCUCUUAUUUCAUGAAUUAUUCCACUGACAAGGCCAUCUGCAUGGACUCAUGGCCUUCUGAGCAACAAAGACUCAUCUACACCACCACCUUAUUGCUGUUCCAGUACUUCAUCCCCCUCUUUUUUAUCAUGCUUUGCUACGUGCGUAUCUACAUACACCUCCAGAAAAGAAAGGAAAUGUUUGAGAAGAAUGAAUAUAGUAACAGGACAGUUCAACUGAAGAGAAUAAAUUUUUUGUUAGCAUCCAUGGUUGCUGCCUUUGCUAUUUGCUGGUUACCUCUGCACAUUUUCAAUACCAUUGAGGACUGGAAUUAUAAAGCCAUUCCUCCUUGCCACCAUAACCUAAUCUUUUCAUUGUGCCACUUGGUAGCCAUGGCUUCAACCUGUGUCAACCCAGUUAUCUAUGGCUUCCUAAACAGUAAUUUCAAAAAAGAAAUGAAGUCACUGAUUCUGAACUGUCAGCGUAAUUCAUUGACAAUAUCAGUGGAAGAAUAUGAGCAUUUACCUUUAUCAACCAUGCAAUCAGAGGUCUCCAAGGGCUCCAUGAUGCUAAGCUCCAGACAUAAUUCCAUCUAGAAAUGAAAGACGUCUUCAGAAGUGUCUUUUCAAGUGUCUGGAGACCAGCUGUCUUAAUUUAUUACACAUAGAUACUAAGAGCAGCAGAAGAUAUCAUAGUUCGAUUCCAGGAUGUGUACUGUGGUCAGUUGCUGUCAAUUUUUGGAAGAAUAGAUGUUCUUCCUUGACAUAACAAAAAUAUCUUAAGGCUGCAUGAUCACAGGAAAUGUAGAGAGUGUGUGCAUAUCUAAGAAAGAAGUAGUGCAGCAUUGCAAACAGAUUGCACAUGGAUAGGCCUCAAGCAUUCAUGUUACUUUGUUUCUAAAAUGUCUCUGGUUGAGCACAGAUAGACAUCAGUUGCACAUCCAUAUCACUCAUGAGAAAACCCAGGGCUCCUAACUACAGAUUUCAAACAAUAUAGUUUGUGAAAAUUUUCCCUUACUUGUCAGUAUUAACAGGAAUUUUAUCCACUGAAGACUGACUGCUACAAGCAGGGUGUGUACACACACACACACACACACACACACACACACACACACACACCUUUCCUAAGUCCCUACAUUAUUGACACCCACCUACUAAUAGAGAACACUUAUCUUUCAGUGGAUGAGAGUCAGAGUUGCUCAGAUACAGCUCAUAUCCAGCAGUUUGGCACCAAUAGCAUAUUGCUUUCUGCUUUACACAGAGUGUGGGCAUGGUAUUUAAACAGAGUGAAAAACCUUGCAUGAAAGAAUCAUGGAUCUGCUUUUCCAGCACCACUUGAGUUGGAAGGAAACCUGUCUCACCAGAGCUUAUCUCUUCUUUAGGCCAGGCUCUUCCUGGUACUGUUACACAUAUGCUAGUCAGAAAAGUACAACAAGGACAGAGCACUAAACAAUUUGCAAACCAACAGUGUUGCUUCUUGAGAAGAUGUUACCAGAUCUAGCCCUUUCUAGUCAUGAAAGAGCAGCUGGAAGUCUAUUGCUUAUGUUAUACCACAUUCAGACUGCGCAGAACACUUCACUCCUAAGAAGAUGCAAAACAAUUACAGAUGUAUAUGGAAACCCAUUUGAUUGACUUUUUUGUGUUUUUUUAAAGCUGUAGAAUAUAAAGCUUCAUGCUACUGCAUGUACAGUCACAGACUUUGGUACUGGGAGGUGGCUGGCUCACUGGAACCUUUGACAGUUCUCAGAUGGGAGAGAAAGGGUGCACAUAGACUGUGAAAUAACUUGUCUGUGCUUGGUGUAUCACUCAAUUUCCAAGCUCUCCCUUGCUGAAGGACCAAAUGUUCCUGCUACUGAGAUAGAAAUACUGGUUGUAAUGAACAACGACACUCUAACAGGAGUGAAAAACAUAUGCCAAGAUUCUGACCCACCCGUUAAAAUAGAGCAUAUUGUCUCCUAGGACGCUGGGCAGAGAGCACAUGUGGAUGGAACCAGUGACAGGGGCAGUGCUGACACAGUGACCAUCCUAUGGAGAAGCAAUGAAAAUGCACAAAAUGGAACAAAAGCAGAUUGACACAGACAUUUUAAAUCCAAGCUACAUUUUAAAUCCAAGCUACAGUGGGCAUAUGACAUGAUUAUUAUGGAGUAAUUUAUCUUGGAUUUUACUUUAUAGUAAAUUUACUCCAUAAGAAGGAAUGGACAGGACAUAACAACCAGUCCACCCAAACCAGCUGUCACAGUACGUGUUAUUACAGAGUCUGGCUACCAGGUAGAAGAAGAGGCAGAUUGCACUAAGCCUUUGAUCCCCAAAGCUAAACUAUUUAGGGGAAAGGACACACCAUAGAGUUGAUGCCGUAACUUUCCUAUAUGAUACAAUUAUUACACAUUAAAAUUGUUCACGUGUCAGAUUUAUCCUGAUGAUUUAUCAUGUAGUAGAAGUGUGCAUCCUGUGCCCGCUCUAAUUUUUCUACAUAGUAAAGUUAGCUUACUACAUAGUAAGAAUGGUGCAUAUCUACAUCCUCAGUGGUGUGCCUUAGCAUUUUUCCUGGGAAACUUACACACAGUAAGAGAUGUAACCAUCAUUAUUUUACAAAGAACAGUAUCUUGGGCUUCUGAGGCCUGAGUUCAUCUCUUUGUCAAGAUAUUUCUCUUCAGCUAUCCUGGGAAACCAAGAUAUGAGGAAGCAAAUAUUUAAGCAUCGCUGAGAGAAAUAUCAAGUAAAAGAAGAGACCAGCACCUUCACUUAAAUGGUAUCAGUCAAUUUGAGAGACAUAACUGGGGGUCACCUUUUGUCCUGCUUUGACACUCUAUGACAUCUUGAUGGAUGUGUACUUGGUGGAAGUUACUCAAUGCAUAGACAUUAUGGUGAUCAGAGCCACAGAAAUCGUACUGCUUGGUAACAACUUACCAAGAUACAUGGGUGCAUGGAUAGUUCAGAGAAGUAUUUGUUUUAUUAAUAUUAUUUCUCAGACCACAGCAUAUUGGACAGAAGUUAUCUAAAAACAGGAAUUAAGCCUUUUUGUGCAACAAGAUAGCAAAAGGCAUCAACAACCAGUCAUCUAAGUACUCAGCUGUUGUAAGUUAGAGGUUUACUAAAUUUGAUGGAACCAGCUGACAUCUGUCAAGGAUCUGGUGCAUUAACUUUAUUGCGAGCUAAAACUGCUCAUCACCUUACAGGACUGUACCUCAAUUUUUUGUGUUUGGCUGUCUAUUCCAAAUUCUGUAUACUUUAGUAAUAUAAUCCAUAUUUAAUGGGCUUAUUUUUGUAUUUUUAACUAUUUAUCUGGCAUUUAGAGAAAGACAUACCAUAUUUACUCAAAUAGAAGAUGCCCCUGAUUAUAAAGCAACCCCUCAAUAAUUAGAUUCUAUAUAUGGAACAUUUAUAAUUUGUUGUAAUUUUUCAGGUAUAAAAUCUAAUUAUUGGAGGUUUGCCUUGACUUUGCCCCCCUUCCAUUGCUACAGCAGGGAAAAUAAAUCUGGGGGAUCAGGUAGUCCUUUGCUUUUUGCUUCCCCCCAACUUUUUCCCCUGGUAGCCCCUUCCCUCUCACCUUACUGUUAGACCCUGCUCUCCCUGAGCAUGUGGAAGUGAGGAGCAAAUUUGAUAAUUUGAAAUUAAACAUGACUGUAGCAAUUUGCAUAUAGUACCCAUAGACUUAGUUCAUCCAGAAUUGAUGCAUGCUUUUUUUUUUUUUUUAAACUACUGCAAGUUUUAGCACAGGUGUUUCAUAAAUAUUUUUGAGGAACACUUUAGUACCUGCCUAUAUCUAGUAUAAACUAUGCAUAUUAUUAGUCCAAAACCAAAAGACUUAUAGUUUACCACAUAGUUCACUGGGCUGGGCCCCACCAGAGUCAACAGCAUUUCAAGCCAUGGUGAGCCAUGACAUUGCAUAUAGGUCACCCAGAUUCCCUCUGUCAUGCCCUCUCUCAGCCUGGUAUGUAUGAUUUGUGUGUCCCUCCCCACCCCCACCAUGGUGACACCAUAGCUCAACACUGCUUACUAUGUGUGUAUACUCCAGAUACCCCUCACAAAGGAGCUAUGUGCUAAUUAGCCCCUGGUCAUGACUGGAACCUGGUGUUCUUGGGGCAAGUCCAGGAAUGCUCUAAAAAUACACAUGCAGAUGAGGUACAAGGCAACCUGGUCUGGCUUCACCUCAUAGAGGGUGGGCUACACUAAUUAUAUGUGCCAGGCUAAGAAGGACUGACAGAGGGAUUCUGGAUGAACUGUAUGCAAUGUUGUGGCUCACCUUGACUUGAAAAAUGUCAAUGGGCACUACCAUAUAAUUUAUAUUCAGAUGUGCUGAUUAACCUACCUUUGUGGUAGGUUCCCAGCAGCUUGUUUGCCGAAUGUGGGCCAUGCAUUUUAUUGUCAUGAUCAGUGUUGGCUGCAUUUAAUCACCUUUAUAGUUGGUUCCCAUUGCUGAGCACUUGCUGCUUUGGUAGCAGUUUAAUGACAGACAGGCCACUUCUACAUGAGAUGCUGAAUGCACCGUAACCAGAGUUAGUGCACAGUUGCACCGAUGAACAGCUUUUUUGUUUAGCUGCGGCCACAAUGUGAGAUUUCCUUGAAUGUGAUUAUAAGAUUAGGGGCUUUCUCCCUAUGCCAAUUGGGAGAAGAAGAUUAUCAUGUAUUUGAGUAAAUUUGGUAUACUUAUGCUUCUCUCAGAUAAUCUGGGCACUUUACUUUUUGUAAGAAAUAAUUUCUCUUGAUUAUUUUAUCACAGACACAUACUCAAGUCCAGAAAUUGAGUCAAAUAGAAAGAGAGGAGGCUCUUCUUUUAUCAUAGUCACAGUUUCAUAGAUUUCAUAGUCAUUAGGGCUGGGAGGAAGCUCAGAAGAUCAUCGAGUCCAGCCCCCUGCCCCAGGGGCAGGAAGUCAACUGGGGUCAAAGGAUCCCAGCAGGAUAAAUGUCCAAAUGUCUUUUAAAGGAGUCCAGAGUAGGUGGUUGCACCACCCCUGGUGGCAGUUUGUUCCAGGCCUCGGGGGCUCAGACAGUAAAGAAGUUCUUUAUGUCCAGCCUGAAAUGGUCUUGGAGGAGUUUGUGACCAUUUGACCUUGUCAUCUCUUGAGGUGCUCUGGUGAACAGUUCAAGAUCACCUUCUGAAACAGCAAAUAAAUCAGAACUAGGAAAGCAAUUGGUGCUGAGUAGGACCAAGUAUAUGAUUUUCUUUUCGCUUUCUCUAAACUCUGCCUUUGAAUUGAGAGCUUAAGUGUGAUUUGUGUAAUACAUGGAUUUUGUACUGCCCUAAUACCUAUGGGGCAAUUUCACUCAAUUAGCCUUGAGUAAUUCUGUUUGUUUCUUGCACUCAUUAGAAUUCCAAUAUUUAAUUAACUGGAACUCAUGUCAAGCUAUGAUAAACAAUUAGGUUACACAUCAACAUAGAAAAUGAUAAGAACUGUAGCCCAGUGUAAAUAUAUUUAUUUCUAACCACAGUCGUUUAAAGGGAACAGCACAGUUAGUUGUGGAAUUUUUUGCUUCCAAGCAGAAUGCAAUGUACAUAUGGUUUGUGUUUGCCACUACUUCUCAGUUAAGUCUGUUUGCCAGAAAUUUACAUGGUUGUAACUGUUGCUUUGACACAUGUACUUACAUUUAAUAUCAUUGUACACUGAGUUCCAAUUUUGGUCUUAAUGAGUGGAAUUUUCUGCUGGGAAUAAUGCCAUUUUAUUGUCAUUUUCUGCAGCUUUGUAUAAAUGUGAGUGCAAGAGGAUGUAAAAUCCAGUCAAUUAAAAAAUU